UGCAAACGACAUCUUUAUCGCACCAACACUCGUUGAAUCAGACGGAAGAAGUUGAUCAUGCCUUUCGUUACAUCUGCAGUACUUUUAGACAAAAUUGCAGCACAUUUAAACGCAACCUAUAAAUCGGAGUUACGCCAGUGACAUACGGAUAAGACAAUGCCGGAUUCUGAAAACCCUCGCUCGUACAUACGGCCUGUGCCUUUGCCAAUUCCAUCACAUCAGGGUUUGAAGAUUACAGCUCGACAUGCAAAGAUUUACACUUGCGAAGUUCCAACUCGGAAAGAAGUUGCGAAAGAGAAUUAUGAAAGACGUCGGCACCAGAUGAGCAAAUGUGGUUAUCGCUCGGUAAUUUAUAAGCCGUAUCAACCAGUUGGGGAAGUAUACUUGGAUGACAAGAAGCUUAUUUUGAGCGCAUUGGGCCAAGAACAAUCGGAACAAGAUAAUUUGGUUCAAGAUGAAUCAUCAUCAUCAUCAGGAGAGUCAGAAUCUGAAGAUGAAGAAUCCAUGAGACAAUCUAAGGAUCAACAACCUGUUGUACCUCAACCAACAAACUAUAAACCCAAAGUUAUAAAUGACAUCAGAGCACAGGUCCAUAAAGGAAGGAAAAUGAUACAUGCUGUUCGCCUUGGCUUUGGAUUAUACAAGCUUGUUCAUGAUGAACAAAACAGAAAGCAAGCUGAGGCUGAUAAAGAGAGGAAACAGAAAGAAGAGGCUGCCAGAAAUCAGAUGAAACCAGCAUCAACUGACAGUGAAGAAUCUGAUGAUGAUUUAGACAUUGAACUGAAAAGCUAUAUGAUCCCACUACCAAACAGUCCAACCCGAGAUUCUGAGCAAGGAUUGGGAGAGCUCCUAGAUCCACAGCAAGCCCAACAGAGACCCAACAGUUCACACUCAUCGGCCAGCAGUAAACGUUGGAAACGACUGAGUACAACAGUCAGUGCUGCGUUGUGGAGCCCACAGUCACCUCAGCCUCAGUUACAGGUCUCAUCACCAAGCCCCUCCCAGUCAACAACUGCAGAUCAGCUUCAAAUUGACAGAUCAUCAACUGCCGAGCAGCCAGACACAGAUCACGUGAUGGACAGUCCACCGUCCAGCCCCACCCUCCCCCACAGGUUUUAUCUCCAACCACCCAAGUCAGCUGCCCACAGUACAAUAUCGAAAAGUAGCCGCAGAUCCAAAAAGCUGAAAAGCCCCCGGCCUUACUCACCAGUUUAUUCAAACAUCAACUAUACUGAUGUCACAGACAGAAAGAACGUCUUCCGUCAGCUCUGUGCGUUGAAUUGGAUCCUGGAAGGAAUGUCUCAGGAUCAACAGCCUCCUGUAAUGCCCCCAAUAACAAGUUGUUGGAAACUAAAGGAUUUAAACGAAGACCCAAGAGCCAUUCGAAGAAGAGUGGAAAAAGACAAGGCUACCGAUAAAGAUUGGGUAACGUUCAAGCAAAACCCAGCGCGAUUCACACAGCGUGGAACUCGUAGAGGCACGAGACGCAUCUCAAUCCACCCAAAUUUCAUUCAACGGUUUUCAACGACAAACAAUGGUGGCCAGUCCCCCACGCCUGGACCCACUUCCCUUCGUGUUCCAGCAGAUGCUCGACCCAGGAGUGGCACGAGUAACACGGGAGAGACUAUGGCGUCAUCGCGGACGGAAAUACAAACAGAGCAUGCGUCUGUUGAUCAGAGGGUUCCCCACAAAGAAGACAGUGGUAGCGAAACUCAAAGCAAUGCGCCAAAUAUUGGGCCCACUGUGAAAUUUAUAGAUCCAAAGAUAAGAGCUGUAUCAGCCCCUCCUGGACCAGUGGGGGAUCCAGCAGUCGCAGCAGAAGCAUUACCAGUAACUAUAUCUAGCACCCCUCAGAACGGAACACAGUCCGGUACCGACAAAAAGGCGCCACCAUCGAAGCUUCAAAAACAGAAAUCGUUCACUGUAACUACAGUGUACACUCCACCGUCAAACCCCAGUAAAGCCAUGCAGAAGUUACGGGCCAAGACAAGGGCUGCAAAGGCAUUCAAGAGCACAUUAUCGCAAAAGGAACUGGAAAAAUUAACGUCGAAACCGGAGGAACAACAAACUUCCACCGAUUCGCGUGUCAGGGCCUGGGUACAAGCUACAGGUGCAGUGAAUAACAAGAGAUUUGCAGCGGCAGCGAUCGCAGCAUUUGGAGCCAUAAGCUUAGACCAUCGCGUGGAAAAAGUCCCAAUUGACUUGAAGACGAAAUUCAACGAAGUAGCAGACGAGAAAGCCCUGGUAUUACACGAUAACUUGGAAGUUAGGGACAGGACUCGACUGCAAGUAUUGGAACGUAAACUGAUGUGUCUGGAGACAUUUAACAACAUCUACAAAGCUCUGGAUCAGAUGAGAAGUGGCAGUGUAUUACCCGACACAGAAACGAAUGAAGAGAUGCGGCAGCGAGUCACUGAGGAAUGUAAAUGGUACAAGGACUUACUAAGCAAUUUACCUCAAGAGGUGAGGGCUGAUCGCUGCUGUACACUGGUGUUAAACAAGAUUGCUGGUUAUGGCUCGCUUGAAGGUCGAAAGAUAAGUGGUAGUCAAUUCCUGAAGGUGCUAUCGACGCUUCGAGUGUGGGAAAUUUGUGCUCCUGAUAUAAAUGCAGCUAUAGAGUUUGUCCGUGAGAAGGUUGUAGAGAUGUCAGAACUGGAGUUCGAAGAUUGGCUAAAUGCUAAAUUUCCUCAACCACAGAGACCUGUUUCUGCACCGCCUCCAAGAAGCAGUGGUUUUCGAUAUUAAGUAGGUCAUUUGUUGGGAUAAACUGAGAAGCUUAAGCCUGAAAUACGGAGCGACUCUCCAAAGAUGUUUCUUUAGUUUCAGUGAAGACGAGGAUGGGGUAUAGGCGUAUUACCCAACUGCACGAGGUUUUGUUUCUGUUCUUGGUCUAAGUUCUGGAUCAAAAUAGAAAACUAAUUAAAAGCGCAGUGAUUUUAGAGUAACGUAGUGAAUGUUUCUUUUUUAGGAUAUUUUAAGCGAUUUUUAUUGAUAUAAAAAGAACUUGUCAAGGGUAGUGAAAUAUCUCAACCUGGUGCAACUAGGGAAAAAAUCUCAAAGGUGUUGAGUCCGAUGGUAAGGUUGUACGUUGUAUCAUAGUUGACGCUAACAGUAGUUCAGUAGGUCAUACUACUUCAC